AUGGAACUGAUUAUCCAGGUCAUCAGAGCAUUACACGAUGGUAUCGACAAUUCAAGAAGACAGGUUCCAUUACGAAACGUAAAAGUACCGGAAGACCACGAGUUCCUGACGAAAUGGUGGACGCAAUUAGACACAGUUUCACGCGUUCUCCGCGAAAGUCUACUAGCAGAGCAGGAAGUGACCUUGGUAUUCCCCAGCCAACCGUAUGGAAAAUUUUGCGGAAACGAUUGCGAUUCAAACCGUACCGUCUACAGAUGCUACAAAGCUUACGACCUGACGACCACGUAAAGCGUGUAUGGGCCGAACUGGACUAUCGUUUGGA